CGAACCGUGAGGGAGAGGAGGUGAGCUGGUGGUCAGUGAGGAGCUCCGAGGAGUAAAGGUCAGAAUUAGAGGAUCCAGACAGCUUUUCCAGCUUGAUGAUUGACUGAUGUCCAUUACUGUCCAUAAUGGAGGAUCCAGUUCACUUUUUUAAAUGUAAAGAGGAUUCCAGCUGCAGACCCAGGUCUCAGCACAGAAAUGGAGCAGAAAGCAGCUCGAGGCUGUUUCACCAUUGUAUUUGGAGCACCAGCAGUGACCGUCAGCCAGGACAGAUGGAGAAUCACUGUUCAGACAGGCUUAUUCAGCCUGAGGCUUGUUGGAGUAGCUGUGGACGAGGUUCACGCAGCUGUUCAGUGGAUUCCUACAGACGGAUCAGUAAUGCGGUCCUGCAGCUCUGCUCACAGUAUCCUGAUCUUACUGACCAUUACGGUCAUUACUGUGUCUGAAUCAGCUGUUACUGUGGUGAAGGUGAAUCUUCAUGACUCUGCUACUCUGUCCUGCUCUGAGAGAUGUUCUGGUUUGGUCAGAUGGACUGUGUACCACAACCCUGAUGAUGUUCUGGCUGAGUGUGAUCAGACUUCAUGUAGAUCAGUGAAGGAGGGAUAUCAGAUGAUCCAUGAUCAGUACCUGAAGGGAGAUCUCUCUCUCAUCAUCACUGAGGCUGAUUUCACUAAGAGGGACACGUACACAUGCGACUGUGAUUAUCUAGACGUCUGUGAUGUGACUCUACAGGUUGAGUUUUUGAAGACUCCAGUUCAGAUAGAGUCUGGUGACUCUCUGGUGCUGGAUUUGGACCUUUCAGAUCCAGUGAAGGUGAUUUAUAACAGCACAGCUGUAUAUGGACCACCCAGUGGUCCCAUAUGUACAGUACAUAGACGCUCACUGCAGUGUAAACCUGAAUACACACAGAGAGCGUCACUAACAUCUGGUUUUGAGCUGAGAGGAAUGACUCCAUCUGAUAGUGGAGUUUACACCAUCUGGGACACCAAGAAUAAAGAAAUGAUUCAUGUCUACACAGUGACCGUCCAAGAUAACCAACAAAGCCUGGACAGAGAUCUUAGGUCUGUUGUGCCCAUGUGGAAGGUGGUCCUAGCAAAAUUUGCCCUUUCAGCUGGACUUGCAGCUUUGUUUGUGGCAAUGAUAUUGCUGUUUGUGCCUUUGCAAAAUACUAAGAGUCCCUAUGGAUGAAAGGAGGAAGGAAUUCUCACUAAAUGAAACGUGGACUAACACUGCCGUUGGGGAGAGGCCUGCACUGUGGCACAGGAGUGGCCCAGAGAAGACGAAAGGCCCGAGGACUGCUUGUACGUGAACAUG